ACCGGAAGACUUUCUACGACGGCCUCUUCCUCCCAACGUAGCACCACCUUUCUUGACUUCACUUCUUUGAUUUCAUAUGCGGUUGCAUGUGCCAGGAGUUGGCUAUUUCCUGCCCUUCGGUUCCUGAAAACUUGCAUUUAAAUCAUCAGCAGGCAGAAUGAUAGGAAAUCUGUAGUCCGUUUGAGAUUUGUGUAGUACUGUGUCGCUUUGCACAUCUAUAAUUUUCCUGUUUGUUUACUGCGUAAUUAUAUUUAUUUGUUUCAUUUGCAGUAUUGCCCGCAACGGAAAAGCAUUUUUUAUAUAAAUAAUAGUGUUUUAAGUACAAGGAUUCCUGCCUCGAUUAUUUCAAUGAAGAGCUCACGUUUUGUAUGAUACUGCGUCUUAAAAUCGGAAAACUGUUUCUUUAAACAUAGAGCAAGGUUGCACUGGGUGGAGGACUGCCACUUUUGAUAAAAGGAUCUGCUGCGAAUUAUUUCACUUAAGUUACUGUUUGCAUUUAUUUGUCGGCUUUUUAUUGUAAAGAAUCGCCGUAUUCAUCUGUUACUGUUACUUUUCACCGACUUCCAUUAAAAAAAAACAUUUGAAUUAUCACUGUAUCGAUUCGGCCGUUUAAUAUAUUUAUAUACAUAUAUAUACGUAAUCAUGUUCAGUUGGUUGGGUAAUGAUGAUCGGAGGAAAAAGGAUCCCGAAGUGUUUCAAACAGUCAGCGAUGGUCUCAAGAAGCUCUACAAGACCAAACUGCUGCCCUUGGAGGAGCAUUACAAAUUUCACGAAUUCCAUUCACCUGCUUUAGAAGAUGCAGACUUUGACAACAAGCCCAUGGUUUUGCUGGUAGGCCAGUACUCCACUGGAAAGACUACCUUCAUCCGGUACUUACUGGAGCAAGAUUUUCCUGGUAUGCGAAUUGGACCAGAACCUACAACUGAUUCCUUUAUUGCAGUAAUGCAUGGAGAUGUAGAAGGAGUAAUCCCUGGCAAUGCUUUGGUUGUGGAUCCCAAAAAGCCUUUCAGGAAGCUAAAUGCUUUUGGAAAUGCAUUUCUGAACAGGUUUGUUUGUGCCCAACUGCCAAACCCAGUACUUGAAAGCAUCAGUGUUAUUGAUACACCAGGAAUUCUUUCUGGGGAAAAACAGAGGAUUAGUAGAGGUUAUGAUUUUGCAGCUGUGUUAGAGUGGUUUGCUGAAAGAGUGGAUCGUAUCAUCCUUUUGUUUGAUGCGCACAAACUGGACAUCUCUGAUGAAUUUUCUGAAGUGAUUAAGGCUUUGAAGAACCAUGAAGACAAAAUUCGUGUAGUGCUCAAUAAAGCUGACCAGAUUGAGACCCAGCAGUUAAUGCGGGUCUAUGGUGCACUUAUGUGGUCAUUGGGCAAGAUAGUCAACACGCCAGAGGUAAUACGGGUAUACAUUGGUUCCUUCUGGUCUCACCCACUUCUUAUUCCUGACAAUCGCAAGCUGUUUGAGGCAGAAGAGCAAGAUCUUUUUAAAGAUAUUCAGAGUUUACCCAGAAAUGCUGCUUUGAGGAAACUGAAUGAUCUAAUCAAGAGAGCAAGGCUUGCUAAGGUCCAUGCCUAUAUUAUCAGUUCACUGAAGAAGGAAAUGCCUGCUGUUUUUGGCAAAGAAAACAAAAAAAAGGAAUUGAUAAAUAGUUUGGGAGAUAUCUAUAGUAAGAUUGAGAGAGAACAUCAGAUCUCGCCAGGUGACUUUCCAAAUCUGAAGAAAAUGCAGGAAAUGCUGCAGGCUCAUGAUCUGAACAAGUUCCAGCCUCUAAAGACUAAACUUCUUGACACAGUAGAUGACAUGCUUGCUCAUGACAUAGCCCAUCUUAUGGUACUAGUACGACAGGAAGAGACUCAGAAGCCUAACCAAGUUGUGAAGGGUGGAGCCUUUGAGGGAACAAUGAAUGGUCCAUUUGGUCAUGGUUAUGGUGAGGGGGCAGGUGAAGGCAUCGAUGAAGUUGAGUGGGUUGUUUCCAGAGACAAACCCAUGUAUGAUGAAAUUUUUUACACCUUGUCUCCUGUCAAUGGAAAAGUCACUGGUGCAAAUGCCAAAAAAGAAAUGAUCAAGUCCAAGCUGCCCAAUACUGUUUUGGGUAAAAUUUGGAAGUUAGCAGAUAUAGAUAAAGACGGUAUGUUAGAUGAUGAAGAGUUUGCUUUAGCUAAUCAUCUUAUUAAAGUAAAAUUGGAGGGUCAUGAGCUUCCUAGUGAUCUGCCUUCCCAUCUUAUACCACCCUCUAAGAGAAAAAUGGCAGAGUAAAGAAAAGAUUAGAGGAUCAAAUUUCAAGGUUAGCAAACUUCUUCAUGAAGAUUUCAUCACAUAUUGAAACAAAUCUAUUGUUGAUCAUUCAAGUACUUGGCACUAUGUAGCACGAUUUUUUUUAAUACAGUAUUAAAGAAAAAAUUGUGUUUCCUGACAAACUCAGUUAAAAUAAUGUAUUUUAUUUUAUAUCUGAUCAGUAGUAGAUUUUAUUUGGGGACGCAGGGAGUAUUCAAAAUAUUUUCAGUUUUGAUUGUUUCGUAUACAGCCUUGAUAAGCCUUCCAGUGAUUAUACUUUGACAAAAUACCUGGCUUGCUUUCAACAAAGUGCAGAGGAGUUUCAUUAGCUGUAUUUAUGAUAUCUGCAGGAACAUAAGUCUUAAAAGUUCAAUUCAUGAACAACUUAUUGCUCAUAUUAAUAUAUGUUAAUAUAUAAUUUGUAUAUGUAUAUGCUCAUAUUAAGCAUAUUGUGCUAGGAAUUAGAAUGUCAAUAUCAUUUAACAUUAACUUUAGAUAUACAUACAUUUUUUUAAUACUCCCGACUGGCAUAACAAAUAUGAAAUGAAUGUAAUAUUGUUAGUAUUACAUUAAAUAAAUACAAUUACUAUAGUUUGUCACUCAAAAUAAAAACUUAGAAACACCCUACAUACUUUACUUCUUCAUGACACAGUGUUGACCCAAAAAACAUUUUUUUAAAUGUAUUGUUUUCUCUUCACCAAUGAUGAUAAGGUUGAAAAAUCUGGGAAGGAUGUAUGUGCUUUUAAGUGGGUCAGUCAAUAGAUUUUUAAGUUCUUCCCUCAAAUUCUCAGAUUUUCUUUUAUAAUAUACCAAAUAGGCAUAAUACAUUUUGUAAGAUAACCAAUCUUUUGAAAAUUUAGUUUGUUUCUUUAAUUAUUAAAUGAUUGAAAUAUGUCUGCAGCAAUUACAGUACAACUAUUGAAAUAUGUUAAGUUACUGUGUUAGUCUGCAAGAAGAAACGUUUGUAAGGGAAGUAGUAAGGCAUUAUAUUUCCUUUUGAAGUUUUCACCUAAUUCUUUUUAUGCAUAGCAAGGAAAAGAUCCAAAGAUAUAAACUUUAUUUUGUACAAGUCCUGUUCAUUAUUAUUGUUAUAGUAAAUGUGAUACAUUUAUUGAUGCUCUGAUUUAUUCUCUUGCAUCCAAAAAACAAUUCCAGUCAUGAUAUAAGAGAAGUCAUCUAAAAGCAGUUUCUGUAUUGUGUGCAUACAAAAUACAGCCUUUCUGUUGCAUUGUAUACUAUUUAAGAUUGUAUUUUACAAGUAAAACAAAUUUGGUAUUCCACUUUAUAUAUUGCAUUUGGCAUAUAAAGCUGAAAUUGAAAGCAGAAAAUUGAGAAAUGCUGCAGUUUAAAAUCAAAAGAUAUCAUUUUUUGUUAGUAUUGCUAGUUUUGCAACUUGAUCACUAAAGGAGCUAAUAAUAUGUGUAGCAUCCUUUUAGAUUAUAUUAAAGAAUAUACUCUAUCAAAAAAAAAAAGAAAUAUGAAUUAAAAUUACUUUGUCAAAAAAUUGUUUUUGAAAUUAACUGCAUAUUGUAUUAUUCUAACCCUAUACUAAAAGUACAUAAUUCAAGCAGUAAAAUUUGUAUUUCAGUCAUAAUUCUUAUUUAAAACUAAUUUAUUUUGCACACAGCAAUUUCCUUGCACUUUCAUGUUUAUAGAAAUUUCAGUUACUGACACUGGAAAUUGAAAUCUGUAUGUGUGCUCAGAAUCUAAAACUUUACAAGAAUGCAAAUCUGCAAUAGAGGCUUCAGUACCAGAAAAACCACAGAGUCUGUUUAAUAUUGUACAUUUCCAUGUCUUGUUCAUUUAAGCAUGUGUUAGUGUUGUACAUAACAUUUUAAAAUCUGUAUGCUUUUUUGUGUAUGUGCAUUAUGUAAUCUGUACAACGUUUGUUUCAUGUAUCUCAUUUUGUUCAAAUAUAUAUUUAAAACACACCUCCAGGGGACUAAUUUAAAUAAACUAAUCUGUUAUCAACGUCUAUCUUCUUAGAUUGUAAAAUGUGAGAUGUUAUAUAUUGUAAUUAUUCAUAAAUCCUAUCAUUAACAAAAUGGUAUACAUUGUGAUUGCUUGCCAUGAACAAUUAUAUAAUUUCUUCUUUUAGUUGUUUAUUAUUUAUUUUCUUAGAUGCUUUCUUUUUAAAACUGAAUUAUGUACUAGUAUAUAAUUUAUUUUACGUUUAUUGCCCUGACAGUGCAUGAUUUAAUCAUUUCCUUAGAGGCUUUCUUUUUAAAACUGAAUGAUUUACUAGUAUGCAAUUUAUUUUACAUUUAUUGCCUUGACAGUGUGUGAUUGAUGAGUGUACUAUUCCUUAGUAAAGUAUCUUCACACUUUGAAGAUACUGAAUUGGCACCAAAAUAUUUCCUAAAAUUUUAAUAGAAUCCAAGAUAGAACUUGACUGAACCACUCAUAUUUGUUCGCCUUUUUUCAUUGCUUCUGUUGUGUACUUGGGCUUAUGAUUUUGAGGAAAUGCAAAUAAGGCAGUAUACAGACUCAAACAGAUUUU